GCCCUCCCCACUGCCCCACAAGCUCCCCGACCCGGGGCGCCCCACCCGGCCGGGCUCCUCACCCACCCCAGCCGCGACUCUCUCCGCCGAGCCCUCAGGGCCAGGUGUUCCGGGCGCGCCACGAUGCGGCCGCGGAUGUGGCUCCUCCUGGCAGCGCAGCUGGCAGCUCUCCAUGGCAGCUCAGUCCUCCAGCAGACCCCUGCAUACAUAAUGGUGCAAACCAACCAAAUGGUGAUACUGUCCUGCAGGGUCAUCUCCUCCAGUACCACACGCAUCUACUGGCUGAGACAGCGCAAGCCCCCAAGCAGUAACAAUCAUCAUGAGUUCCUGGCCUUCUGGGAUUCCUCAAAAGGGACUAUGCACAGUGAAGGGGUGGAACAGGAGAAGAUAGUUGUGUUUCGGGAUGGAAGCUUGUUCUAUCUCAAUCUCACAAGAGUGACGCUGGAGGACAGUGGCGUCUACUUCUGCAUGGUCAUCGGGAGCCCCAGUCUGACCUUCGGGACGGGAACUCAGCUGAGUGUGGUUGAUAUACUUCCUACCACUGCCCAGCCCACCAAGAAGUCCACCCCCAAGAAGACAGUGUGCCGAUUACCCAGUCCAGCGAUCCGGAAGGGCCCACUUUGUAGCCCCAUCACCCUCAGCCUGCUGGUGGCUGGCGUCCUGGUUCUGCUGGUGUCCCUGGGAGUGGCCAUCCACCUGUACUGCCGGCAGAGGAGAGCCCGGCUUCGUUUCAUGAAACAGUUUUACAAAUGAGAAGAGAAUACGGUUCUGAUGUCCUGCUACAAAAAGACAUUGGUCAGCAACAAGUGUGAUGUGGAAAAAUGGGAGAAGGGACACAUUUGACCCUGGAGAGUUCACUGGCUGCUGAAGCUGCCUGCUUUUCACUGCUGCAAAUCCUUUCUGUGUGUGAUAUGCAUGAUAGCAACUUGUUCGUGGGUCACUGAGAAUGCAAGGGAGAAGACUUCGUUGCCCCCAGGGCACUUCACAGAGCGUGCUGGAGGACCCAGGAGGAAAUGUCACCCAUGCCGCCGCUUCUGACUUUCCCUGGGCUGAGACCUUUCGUGGUGGCCGUUUAGCCCGCAUCUUGGCAAGUUGCUUUGCCCCGAUAGGGCAGUGACAUUGGGUCCUGGGUCUUUAGUGGGAUGAUGCUGGGUUGGCUCCCCUUGGUCUUCCCAGGCUGGGGCUAACCUUCCGACAGAGAGGCCAGGCCCAGGUUGGGAAAGAGGCUUCUCGAGAGGAGCUGUCCAGUUCCCAGAAGCGUGUCAGUCUCCGAGGGCUGCCUUUGGGGCUGGGAACUUGUGGUUUUGAGGACAGGAGUUCCCUUCAUCGUCCACCAGGAGGUUUCUCAGCUCCAACUUCUACUCUCCAUGGCUUAGUUCUUUAUUCACUUUCUGCUCUUUUAGUACAAAUGUCUUGGUUGUACAAAUAAAGUCCCAGGUUAAAGAUA